CCAAGCCAUGAACCGCGGCCUGAGCGUGUGCGUGCUGAUAUCGGUAUUGGCGGUCGGCGCCCUGACGCAGCCCGUGGCUCCCUCAGAUCCCGCGGGCUCUGGGGUGCAGCGGGCAGAGGAGGCGUCCCGGAGGCAGCUGAGGGCCGCGCAGAGGACGGAUGUCGAGUCCCGAGGGCACCUGGGCGCGCUGCUGGCCAGGUACAUGCAUCAGGCCCGGAGAGCUCCUGCUGGCCGCAUGUCCAUCAUCAAGAACCUGAAGAGCCGGGACCCCAGCCACAGGAUAAGCGACCGGGACUACAUGGGCGGGAUGGAUUUUGGCCGGCGCAGUGCAGAGGAGUAUGAGUACCCGUCCUAGGGGAGCCGGCGCCCCGCCUCGGCCAGACAGGAAGCAGCCUCUUGACCUUACGAAGAGGAGGCUGAAUACGAAAGCAAUCACAUUGUAACUCAUUGUCACCAACGUUUGACAUCUGAAGCCUCUAUUAAGUUCUCAAUGUGAAAAAGUCUGUCUAAAUCGUCCAGUGAGUGCCCCCUCCCCUGCCAACCUCAGCCCAAUCGUGCAAAUGGAAGACCCAUGUGUGCUACAUCUGUGGC